AUGGUCACUUUAAAUGAGGAUUUUGAGGAAGAAUGUGCAUUCUUGCAUAAUAUGUUUAUAAACAGAGGCUACCCUAACUCAUUUUUGCAUGCAAUAUUUCAAGAAGUAACUGAGAAAAGAAACAAGGGAAUAUACAAACCCAUUUUGAAUACUGUAGUAGUAUCAAACAAUCCAUCUGUGUAUGAUACUAGGACAAAUUUUUCUGACCAUUCAGAUCUUAAUACUACACUUAUAGUUGAACAAGGUUUGAAUGAUCUUGAUCAUAGUUUGCAUCCACCCUGUGUUUCAUUGCGAAAAUGGAGCAGCCCAGAUGUUUCCUGUGGGAAUGGCAAGACCAUCAAGUAUAAAAGACAGCUGAGUGAAGAUGGCAAGAAACAGUUGCGCAGAGGGAGCCUUGGCGGAGCACUUACAGGAAAAUAUUUGCUUCCCUACACUCCCUUGCAGCAAGCAUGGCAGGCCAUGCAGGAGACAUCAAACCUUACUCGAAUGCGGAGCCAGAGUCUGGGCCAGUCUGCUCCUUCUCUUACAGCGUCUCUGGUGAGUAGUAAUACACCCUGA